AUUCUUUCUCCUCACAAAACCGAAGCAGACAAAAGAAGGGUAGAGGAGGAUGGGAGCUGAGGGUUCACUGGAAAAGCUAAACAAAAAGAAGAAAUCAAAAAAGAAUAAAGAGGGUAGAGCUAUCUUCCUCCAAAAAGAAGAGGAGAAGUUGGCUAAGGCAAUGGAAGAAAAGAAGAGGAAGAAGAAGAGAGCUCAUGUGCUAACUAGAAGAAGAGAUGAAGUACAUCUCUCAAAUUAUAAAGAUAAUGUGGAUGGAGAAAAAGAGAACAAAUCUGCAAAGAGGAAGAUGAGGAAAGAUGUCAGACCUGAUGAAACUGAAAGUUUGGAAAUUGAUCAAUCUAAUGAAAGAGAGGAUGCACUUGGUCAAGAAAAUAAUGUAUCCGCUGAGAAAAGGAAAUCCAGAAAGAAGAAGAGAAAAAGUGAGAAGAAAGUACGGAGAAAUGAGACUGUUGAUCAUUAUGUUGAGGCUAAUGAUGAUUCAGAUAAGAAAAGUGAGAAGGAUCAUUCACUCACAAUAACGCAAGACAACUUGGUGGAGAAGAGAGGACAAGCAGGAUAUGAAGAGAUUGAUGAACUAUCUUCUGACGAUGAGGAUUGCUCGAAAGGAAUGAGAAAGUGGGUACUCGAUUAUUACCAGAGUAGGCCUGGGUUGAAGGUGCUACAAGAAAGAAUUGAUGAGUUUAUUACUUCUUAUGAGGCGAAAAAGGAACAGGAAAGGAAAGAAAACGAACCCCUUGCUGCAGAAGAUGGCUGGACUGUUGUCGUACAUCACAAAGGAAGGAAAAAGACAACUGAUUCUGAAACUGGAAUUGCAGUUGGCUCUGUUUCCCAAGCUGCAGUCAUGGAUAAUAUGGACAAAAAGAAAAAGAAAGGUGUGGGUUUAGAUUUCUACCGGUUUCAAAAAAGAGAAGCAAAGAGAAAUGAGAUCAUGGUGCUGCAGAGCAAAUUCGAGCAGGACAAGAAAAAGAUACAGCAGUUAAGAGCUGCAAGAAAAUUUCGACCUUACUAAACAAAUACUAUAAUUUUUCUGGAAGGGAGUUGUUAUAAGCUAGAAAAGAGAGGG